AUGUCUGCGUUUGGGCUCCGGGCUACUGCAAGCACAUCGCGCACUGUGCGCCUCUCCGCCGUCUGCGCACGGUCAUGUCGCGUCCAGUCACGAGCACUUCACGCACGCAAGCAGCUUGCCUAUCCGGUGGAGGAGGGCAUGGGGACCUUCUUGCCCCCGCCGGCAUUGAAGAUGAUUUCGGAGGACUACCAGCAGGGUCUGUUGGACAGGCUGAAUGAUCUCGUUCGAGGUACGGAGUUCGAGAACAAGAGCAUUGUCCAGACCGUUGUGCAGGCAGCAAGGGAUCCUAGCAAGGUGCUCGAGUUCAACUACGCAUCAGAAGCCCUCAACAACUCUUUCUUCCUCGACAGCCUAAAACCUCCCCCAGCGGACGCCGCGUCGCACGAGCACGCACUCACCGGCACAGGCCUGCUCACCCGCAUCCGCACCAACUACGGCUCCCUCGCACAGUUCCAGUCCUCCUUCUCCGCCGCGACCCUCGGCAUGUUCUCCUCUGGCUGGCUCUGGCUCGUCAUGGACCAGUCCGGCAGCGUCGGCAUCGUCCCCACCUUCGGCGCAGGCACCCUCCUCGUCGCCUCCUCCCAGACCUCCGCCGCGCUGGAAGAGUUCCGCGCUUUGGUCGGCGACCCCGUGCUCACUCUCAGCGAGCUCGACGGCCAGGCACCCGCGUUCACCUCGCCCACGGACCCCUCGCUCAACCGCCUCUUAUCCGCGGGGACGGGCGCGAGCUCGCCAUUGACGGGUGCACCCAUCGGGGGCGGGGUCCCAAGCCCCGCGGACCCACACGCGCGGAGCAUGUCGACGUUGCCGCGCCCGAGCAUGGCUGAGGCCGCCUUCGACUCGGCGCAGCCCAAGGGCGGGCGCUUCGUAGGCAGGACGCUGUUCCCACUCAUGUGCGUGUCCGUGCACGAGCACGCGUGGGUCAGCGCCGGGUACGGAGUGUGGGGCAAGGAGGAGUACAUGAAGCGCUUCUGGACCGUGCUCGACUGGGAGAAGGUCCAACGCAUCUACACGAAUAUCUUGCGUGGAUGA